AUGGCCGACCCGUUUGCCCCGCGCUCCAUGAAGCGCAAAAACGUAAAGGGGCUUGCUCUUACUCCCGCCGCGCCCAAGCCGCCUCCUACCGCUGAGAACCGCGCAGAUUUGGAUGGUGCCGCCGAUGGAACGAGCAAGGAUGGUCAGCUUGAAAUUGGUAUCGAAUACAAGCUCGACCUGCGACCCGAAGACCUCGAGAUCGUCAAGGAGCUCGGCUCUGGAAAUGGUGGUACUGUGAGCAAGGUGAAGCACUUGACCACGGGCACUGUUAUGGCUCGCAAGGUCAUCCAUGUCGACGCCAAAAGGGAGAUGCGCAAGCAAAUCAUCCGCGAACUCCAGAUUAUGCAUAACUGCCACUCGGAUUACAUUGUCAACUUUUAUGGUGCUUUCUUGAACAGCAACAACGAUGUCAUCAUGUGCAUGGAAUACAUGGACGUUGGCUCUUUGGACCGCGUCUCCAAAGUUUUUGGCCCUGUUCGAGUCGACGUCCUCGGAAAAAUCGCCGAAGCUACGCUGGGUGGCCUUACAUAUCUCUACACAAAACAUCAUAUCAUGCACCGCGACAUUAAGCCUUCAAACAUUCUCGUCAACUCUCGCGGAUCAAUCAAGCUCUGCGAUUUCGGCGUUUCCGGAGAACUCAUCAACUCCAUCGCCGAUACCUUUGUGGGCACCUCAACAUACAUGGCCCCCGAAAGAAUUCAAGGCGAACGAUACACCGUCAAGUCUGAUGUUUGGAGCUUUGGCCUCACCAUCAUGGAGCUUGCCAUCGGUAAAUUCCCCUUUGGCUCCAACGAGCAGCUUUCGGAAGAGGACUGCGCGCCAGCCGGCAUCCUCGAUUUGCUACAGCAAAUUGUCCAUGAACCGGCCCCAAAGCUGCCCAAAAGCGAUGCCUUCCCUAGUAUUCUCGAAGAUAUGAUUCAAAAAUGCCUAUACAAGGAGCCCGAGAAACGUCCGACACCACAGGAUCUUUUUGACCGCGAUGCAUUCGUCCAAGCCGCCAAAAGAACGCCAGUUGACCUUCGCGAAUGGGCUGUGGGCAUGAUGGAACGCGAUAACCGCAAAUCGCACCUGGCUCCUCAGCUAUCACCUUCUACUCAAGACUUGCUCCGAUCCAGCGACUCCCCCACGUACAACAACGGGUCCGAGGAUAGAAAGAAUCAUACGCCAACAUCUGGUGAAAUUCCUAUUGGCGGAGCCGGCAUCGCUACACCCCGCGAUUUUACCAAUGGCGCCGGUCGCUCGCCUUCAAGAAAUGGCUACAGCAGCAAUGCGAAGCCACCUGUGUCUGCCCACCCUGGCCUGGGGCCUCGCUACGCAUCCGAAUCUGGUCACAUCCCAGGCGGCUAUACUGAUACUCGUGGUCCUGUCAGCGCCAAUGCCGCUACAUUCAGUCUUCCAGUCCGGCCGGCCCCUCCAUCGGGACCACUCCCUCCCGCACCCGCACGCCGAAAUACGCCAGACGCUCUGCCACGAGAAAAUCGCCGGCAGGCUACAUUUGGUCUACCUCCUAACCCAAGCUCCGGAUACGGAGUAUGA